AACUGAACACACUUGCACGAAGGCAACAUGUCCUCGAACGCAAUCCUUUCAUUCGCGCAGGCUUCCUCCCAUCUCUCCCUGCAAGAAGCCAUUCGCCUCAGAACAUCACCGGCUCCAAAAUUCCAAGUGUUCUGCAGCCCUGAAUGGCGUCACCUGAUUGGCUGAGAGCCUAUCAAUCAUGCCUUUAGCCGCACCCCUCCCCCCAUUCAACCACUCGCCUCUCCGUUCCAGUGUGUUUACUACACUGCCGAGCAAAAGCGAGACACUCGUCUUCACAUGCACUGAACCCACUAAAAAGAACAGUUUUUAGUUGUAUUCGUAAGAAAACCUCCAAGAGAUCAACAUGCCCAAGAGAAAGACAGCGGUAACAGAAGGAGGAGACAAGGAUGGUGGGCCCCAGAGGAGAUCAGCUCGGUUAUCAGCGAAACCAGCCCCACCCAAGCCGGAACCAAAGGUCAAGAAGGCAGCAAAGAAAGAAAAGGCUGUGAACGAUAAGAAGGAGGACAAGAAGACCAAGAAGGCAAAGGAGAACGCAGAAGCGGAGGCAAACGAGGAAAACCACUCUGAGAACGGCGAGGCCAAGACCAACGAGGUGGAGGAAGCCCCUGAGGAGGCCAAGGAGGAGGCCAAGUCCGAGUAGCACCACUGCCCUAGCUUCCUCCUCCUCUUCAGUCCCUGUCCCUCCCCAACCCCCCAGCCAGCCAGCCCCCCAAGUCUCUCACAUGGUUUCCCUCCAAGGCGUAUUGUUAACAGAGGAAUAUUUUUAUCAAUGAUUUUAUAAGUAUCCGUACAGAUUUUUAGCACAAAAAGCAAAGCUGAUUAUGGAGCGCCUUGCAGAUUUGCAGUGGUCAUAUCAAGUGUCUGCAAGCAAGAUGAACACACUAAAAUCUUUUUUAAAUGGCAUUUCAUGAUUAUUGAAGGCUUGUUUGGUGUAGAAAGUGUGUCCCUGCCGGAUUGGCUAUGUUGUGUAUUCCUGUGUUUUUGCCCUCUGUCCACCUCCUCCUCCUCCUCCUCCUCCUCCUCUCUUCUUCCUCCACAGAUUAGACCUUCCUCCCCCUACAGUUCAGCCUUUAUCCAUGUUUUAUUAACGGUUCAGCCAUGUUAAUGUGGGUGAUUCUUUUAGACCUAAAUGUGCAGUGAGUUCCCUUUUUGCUUCUGUCUCGGUUUUUUUUUUUUUUUUUUUUUUUUUUGAAAUCGUGUUUAAAAAAAAAAAAAAAAAAAAGCGUGUUGUCCAUAAGAAAGAGGAAGACGAACAUGUGAAACAUUCCGGGAACAGCGAUUGCCUCCAACCUGUCUCCUAGACGACCCUGCGUGUGAAACAGCUCCUGCUCCAUCCACGCUGUCAUGUCAGCUUUUCUAAACGCUCUGGUUUUUUUAAACGAUUGAAUUUGGAAACCUUCUCUGACAAAAGCAGGUGUCUGGUCCCUCUCUUAUGUUCUGAAAUUCUCUUAAUAAAAACAAGUCCUGGGAAUUUUCCUCGA